GAGUGAGCCACCUAAUCAACUGGAAAUGGUUUCCGGUAACCAAAAACUCAAUCCUUGGGGUGGAGGGGCUUUGCUUGCUUAAAGAAUCUGUCCCCUCCCCAUGAAAGAAAGUCCAAGAAAGAUGCGAAAAGCAUUUUCCUUUCUUAUUUUCUCGAGAAUCUAACGCCAUAUUGUAUGCUUAUACUGGCUUAAUAAUACUCUACUUCACUACCAUUGCCCUUUAUCUCUCUUGGGCGAAUUCUUUUUUUUUUUUUCCAAGGCCAGAGGUAAACCAUCCUCUCCUUCACUACUCUCUAUUUUUAUUCAACUUCGAAAUUUUGAUUUCAAACUGUUUGAAAUUAUAUAUGCAUUGGAUAUAUAUUUCUCCGUAAAAUUAUAAAAAAUAAAAAAAAUGCGUGGUCUUAAGCUCCUAGACAGAUUCAAGAGCGCUCAAGUUCACGCUUUUAGUCCCCCCGAAGCUUCCACCGGAAAAACCCAUGUUGGAGCGAGCAAAGCUAAGCUUAACAGUCACCUAAUAAAAUCUUUUGGGUCAAACUCAAAACCCAAAUCGGCCAACUCAAUCUCAGUCGCUGAAGCUCUUCUACUUCUACCUUAUGGACUCCCUGCAACUGAACUCCUUGAGCCCACCAUAGAUGCUUACCUUAAGCCAGUCGAUUUCGUCGAUACCUUGGCCGAUUUCUAUCGCCGCUUAGAGAGUUGCAAAUCGCAGUCCCAGAAAUCGUCUUUGUACGUCGAGCAGUACUCGCUCCUGCGUGGCGUCGGAGAUCCGAAGCUGCUGCGCCGAUGCCUCCGUGCAGCUCGGCAACACGCUGUGGAUGUGCAUUCCAAGGUUGUGCUCUCUGCGUGGUUGAGGUUCGAGAGGAGAGAGGAUGAAUUUGUGGGUGUCUCGUCCAUGGAUUGUGGUGGGCAUAUCCUUGAGUGUCCUAAGGCUGCUUUGGUAUAUGGGUAUGAUCCUAAUUUAAAUUGUAAUCGUUGCCAAUGUGGUUUUGACUCUUCUGAGACAAUUAAUGUCCCGAUCUUUAAGGAAAAUGAUUGUUCGCUUUUGGAGGAAAGUGAUAUUUCGUUUUCCAUUGGUGAUGAAGAAAUCAAUUGUGUCCGGUACAGAAUAGCUGCUCUUUCAGGCCCAUUUAAUGCUAUGCUGUAUGGUAGUUUCAAGGAGUCGAAAAUGAUCAACAUUGAUUUUUCUCAUAAUGGGAUUUCUGCCGAAGGGAUGAGAGCUGUAGAGGUGUAUAGUAGGACUGGUAGGUUGGACUCUUUCGGUCCAAAGGUUCUUGUGGAGUUGCUUUCCUUUGCGAAUAGAUUCUGUUGUGAGGAGAUGAAGUCUGCCUGUGAUGCUCAUUUGGCUUCAUUUGUUGGUACUGUUGAGGAUGCAUUGGUUCUUAUUGAAUAUGGUUUGGAGGAGACGGCAAAUCUUCUUGUAGCUUUCUGCUUGCAGGUUUUGCUGCGAGGGCUACCAGAUUCUCUGUAUAGUCCGAAGGUGAUGAAAUUUCUGUGUAGCUCCAAGACUAGGGAGAGAUUGGCCAUGUUGGGGCAUGCUUCCUUCUUGUUGUAUUAUUUCCUUAGCCAGGUGGCUAUGGAGGAAAGCAUGAUCGACAACACAACCGUGAUGCUGUUGGAGAGGUUAGGAGAGUGUGCAACGGAGAGGUGGCAAAAGGCGCUUGCAACGCACCAAUUGGGUUGCAUUUUGCUCGACAGAAGAGAGUUCAACGAUGCCCAACGUUGUUUUGAGGAAGCUGCCAAGGCAGGUCAUGUUUAUUCAUUUGCUGGUAUUGCAAGAGCUAAGCACCAUCAGGGGCAACAAUAUUCAGCCUAUAAGUUGAUGUGUUCCGUCAUCUCCAAGGAUAGACCAGCUGGGUGGAUGUAUCAAGAACGUUCUCUCUAUAACAUAGGGAAGGAGAAGGUUCAAGAUUUAAGCAGUGCCACUGAAUUGGAUCCCACACUUUCUUUUCCAUAUAAAUUUAGAGCUGUUGUCAAGGCGGAAGAGAAGCAAAUUAUGGCUGCCAUUUCAGAGAUUAACAAAAUAAUUGGGUUUAAGCUCUCACCUGACUCCCUCGAAUUGCGGGCAUGGUUCUUCAUUGCACUGGAAGAUUAUGAAAGCGCUUUAACAGAUAUCCGUGUCAUAUUAACUUUAGAACCCAAUUACAUGAUGUUUCACGGCAAGGUUAGAGGGGAUUACUUGGUUGAGCUCCUAAGCCAUCGAGUUCAACAACUGAGUCAGGCUGAUUGCUGGAUGUGCCUCUAUGAGAGAUGGUCUUCUGUCGAUGACAUUGGCUCUCUGGCUAUCAUUCAUCAGAUGCUGGAAAAUAAUCCUGUAAAUAGCCUCUUGCGGUUUAGGCAAUCUCUUCUUCUUUUGCGGUUAAAUUGUCAGAAAGCCGCAAUGCGCAGUUUGAGGUUGGCUAGAAACCAUUCUAGCUCUGAGCAUGAAAGGCUGGUCUAUGAAGGAUGGAUUUUAUAUGACACUGGCAAUCGUGAAGAAGCUCUUUCUAGGGCUGAGAAGUCUGUUUCUAUUCAGCGAUCAUUUGAAGCCUAUUUCCUUAUAGCUUAUGCAUUGGCAGACUCGAAUCUUGAUUCUGAAUCAUCAUCUCAUGUUAUUGAACUUCUGAAGGAAGCUCUUAAAUGUCCUUCAGAUGGUCUGAGGAAAGGACAGGCGUUAAACAAUUUAGGUAGUAUUUAUGUGGAUUGUAGUAAUCUGGAUCUGGCAGCAGAAUGCUACAUGAAUGCCCUAGACAUUAAGCAUACAAGAGCUCAUCAAGGGUUGGCACGUGUUUAUCAUUUAAAAAAUCAACGGAAAGCUGCAUAUGAUGAGAUGACCAAGCUAAUAGAGAAGGCACAGAAUAAUGCAUCAGCUUAUGAGAAACGGUCAGAGUACUGCGACCGUGAGAUGGCAAAAAAUGAUCUUGAUAUGGCAUCAGAAUUGGAUCCACUGAGAACAUAUCCAUACAGAUAUAGGGCAGCAGUCUUGAUGGAUGACCAAAAGGAACAUGAAGCUGUAGAGGAGCUUACAAAGGCCAUAGCUUUCAGGCCUGACUUGCAGAUGCUCCAUCUUCGAGCUGCAUUUUAUGAUUCCAUGGGGGAUGUCUUUUCUGCUGUACAAGAUUGUCAAGCAGCUCUCGCCUUGGAUCCCAACCACUCGGACACUCUUGAUCUGUAUAAACGAGCACGCAAUUCAGCUAUUAAUGAAUGACAAGUAAUUCACCAUAUUUAUGAUGCUCUCCAUAUCAAUAUGUGGGAUGUGGGAUUUGUUGUGGCCAGUGCUGAGGGAUGAAAUCUUGGGGACUCCAUUCCUUAAUCUAAAAAUAAUGUUCCAGAAAUCAAGUUGUAAAGGUGGCAGGCAGGCAAAGUUGCCAAGCAAGGGGAAAGAAAUGGGUCUGGGAAAAAAGGAGGAAGCAUGGAGUUGGCAUGUAGAUAUGGCAUUGUAGAUGGGAUGGGGAUAAAUCAACAGUUUGCCAGCAAACUUUUAGACCACUUUAGUGAAAGGAGGUUAUGCCACAAAAGAAUCACGGCAUUCUUAUGUUCAACCUGGAGCAUGGAUUGAAGGUAGCUUUUUGUGUUGUAACUUAUACCAUGGUAAAUUAAAAAUUGUAUAAGCAUCACCUUAGGCAUCUUGUCAGAAUUACAAUUUAGAUUACCAUUCCUCUUGUACAUGAACAAAGCCUUAAAAACAAUCAAAUCUCUUGUUUGUUUUUACAA